GUUGUGGAGUGCAAGGUAUUUGAAGGAUAAUUGGAUAGACACGGAUUUACCGUCGACCAAGUUCGAGAACAAUCUGAAGCAUCUAGGGGAGCAACAGCCGGUAACGUCCAGUAAAUUGUUUUACAGAGUGGAGAACACGGUUACGCCGCAGGCAGAUAAUCCGGUGCUAUGUGUUAAGCCGGUGACGGGGAUGAUUCAUGGUUAUGCGAAGCUGUUCAUAACUCGGGAAACUUUUUGGCUUCUUCUUCCCCCUUUCAGUACGUCUGCUGAAUAAGGAGCAGCGAUGGCGGCUCUGCAAUACCUCGAAUCUCUACGAGAGUCGCACCCGGAGCUUUCCGAUUGGUACAAUUGCCUGGCAGAUCUGUACCAGAAGAAGCUCUGGCACCAGCUCACUCUCAAGCUCGAACAGUUCGUUGCUCUCGCCGUCUUCCAGGUACCGUUUUCAGCUCUUACCUUAUUCAUGUGUUGCUGCAUAGCUUUAUGGGGAAUGAGAUCGCCGGAGGCGGUGAUUGUGCCGCGGAGUGGCAAGCAUGGAGUGAUGUUCUGGUUGAGGAACUUUGUGAUUGCCUCUAAAAUUUCAAAUCGAAUGCCAGAGUAUCCCUGGAGGAGGGUGUUGAUCCUGACCAGCAUGGCUGCUCUGCUGGCUGAGUGAGGCAGCAUAUGUGGAAAAAAAAAAAAAGAGAUGGGUUUAACUGCUGACCGUUUGGGACUUAACGGUCAGCAGUGACGGCAACAUGGACGGUGUUAGUGGAGGGACGACAACGAACAAAAAAAGCCAAGUAGAGGGACGACGUUUUGGCUCUUUGGAGAGUAGAGGGACGACAACGAACAUGACCUUAGUAGAGGGACAAGAACGAAUAAAAUAUUAAAGUAGAG